AUGAAGCAACUGCAGUAUGUAUAUGAUAGGUGCGAUGAGGAGAUGUUGAUGCUACGAUCUGUGAGCAAGCUAGGGAUAGAUGUUGUAGAAGUGUUUGUUGAACACGAGUGCUCAGAACACAUACCCGGUGUGAUUCAGCUUCCAGAUAGAGAACACAUUGAAGACGAAGAACACAGUGAGAAUGAUGAGGUCGAUAGACCUAAAGAAGAUGAUGAGCCAGAAGGAUCAGAAGAUGAGAAUCCGGCUGAAAAGGAAGAUAACCCGACUGUGAAUCCGGCUGAAAAGGAAGACAAUGAAGAUGGUGGUGAUGAAGUUGUCGCUGAUGUAACAGAUGGUAUUAGUGAUGUAAGGUUUCAGUCUGUCUUUGAGGAAGGAGAAAAAGUUGUACCAGAUAAAGAAGCAUAUGGAAAUGGUAUAGAGGAAGAAGACAAAGACGAUGACAGUGAAGAUGAGAGGGCGCCAGUAGAUGUUGAAUAUCCAGACACACCAGUAGAGUCAGAAGAUGAAUGGGAAGAAUGGAAUCGAGAGCAUAAAGGAAAAGGGAAGGUCAAUGGGAGUGAUAAAUACCAUGGUGACUACGAAAAACCACCUUACAUUUGGUUAUUUCAAAAGUUUAACAGUGGGAUUGAGUUUAAAGACCAGCUCUUGAAGUAUUCUAUGAAUACUCAAUAUGAUGUGAAGAUGGUAAGGUCGGAGUCAUUCAUGAUUGUGGAGAAGCCGAUUAACAAGUGGAUGGUGAAAGUGUGUCACAUGAAGCACAACCAUGGUAAAUCAAGCAGGAUCUCAGUGUUGAAGCAAGGUGUGAUUGCUGACCUUUUUAGAGAAGAAUUACGCAGAAAUGUCAAUCUACAAGCUUCAGCGAUCAAAGAUGCGAUAAAGGUAAGAUGUGACAUUGUUGUACCUAUAUCUAAGUGCUACAGAGGAAGACACAUUGCAUUGGGGAAAAUUCUUGAAGCUCAAACAACACAGUUUGGGAAGCUAUGGGAUUAUGAAGAAGAGUUGCGUAGAUCAAACCAGGGUAUAAGCAUUAAUUUAUGCACAAGAGAGAUUAAUGGUGUUCAGAUGUUUGACUGCUUCUACAUUUGCUUUAAAGAAUUGCGGACUGUUUGGAAGAGUUGUUGUAGACCUGUUAUCGGACUUGAUAGAUGCUUUUUGAAGUGGGAUUUCAACGGAGAUUUUCUUGCAGCAGUUGGGAGAGAUGCCGAUAACAGGAUGUACCCUAUUGCUUGGGCAGUUGUGAGAGGAGAAAACAAAGAUACUUGGGGAUGGUUUGUGAGAAAGCUGAAGCAUGAUCUCGGCUUGGAAUUUGGGAAGGAUCUUACUGUAAUCUCGGAUAAACAAAAAGGACUUGUCCACGCUAUCGAGUUAGAACUUCCUGAGGCAGAACAUCGCAUGUGUGCUAGGCACAUUUAUGCUAAUUGGAAGAAGCUUGGUUUCUCAAGGUCAGAGUUUAAGUCAUUGUUUUGGGGAGUCGCAUACAGCUACACCGAGGGAGAGUACAAAGAGAAGAUGCAUUUGGUAGAGGCUUAUGAUGUCGUGGCACACAAUGAAUUACUCAAAACAGACCCAGAGCGCUGGUGUAGAGCAUUCUUCAAUGUGGAGUCUCAUUGUCCUGAUGUGCACAACAAUUUAUCAGAAAGUUUCAACAGAACCAUAAAGAUGGCAAGGGCAAAACCAAUGAUCAACAUGUUGGAGGACAUACGCAGACAAGCAAUGAAAAAGAUAUCAAGGCGGUUCUUUAUGGUAGAUAAGUGGGACACCAUUGUAACACCUAUUACAAUGGCUUUGUUGGAGAAAGCGAGAUGUGCAAAAAAACAUUGUUCAACAAUACUCAGCAGUUUCAGCUUGUACGAGGUGAAUGAGUUCGACUGUGGUUACAGGGUGGACUUGGCUGCACAUCAGUGGGCUUGCAGGCGAUGGGAUCUCACAGGAGGAUCCUGUGAAGUAUACUGCAGAAUAUUACUACAAACAUGUGAUGAAAAGAACUUACUCCGACAACAUCAAACCUGUCAAUGGCGAAAACUUGUGGAAGAUGACAAGAAGCCACCUAUUGGGAUACCAGAGAUAAGGAAACCAAGAGGGAGACCAAGAACACGAGAGAGGAAGAAAGAGCCAUUUGAAGUGCUUGAAACUGCUGGAAAAUCGUCAAGACAUGGACGCAUACCCACAUGUAGCAAUUGUCAUCAGUCUGGACAUAUUAAAACUGGAUGCAAAAACAAAACUGUGGUUUAUGAGGGACCAAAAAAUAAGCGUGGUCGACCUCGUAAAAAUCUAGAAGAGCCUCCAUCUACAAGAAGAAGAAAAACUCAAAAUACUGGGUCUUCUUCUCAGCCUGUUCACGCCACUGAAUCAUCAUCUCAGUCUGUUCACGCCACUGGAUCAUCAUCUCAACCUGUAGAAGCCACUGGAUCCUCUAACCCCAAGCCUCAUGCUAAGAAACCUUCACGAGGACCUUUGAAGGUAAGGAAGACAGCCAACAUUCCUCAUGGUGUUGGGACUUUAUGGAGUCCAUUCACAAAUCCUCCUUUUGAAGUGUUUGGAGAUCGAGUGUAUGAUAGGUCUGAUCUUAAUCCACAGCCUCCACAAGAGUGA